CGUGGAUUUUCAUUGAGCAGUCAGAGCUUCCAAAAUAACUGAUUUACUAACGUGUCCGGGCUCUUCCACUAACUUUCUUCAUAUUUAGAAGUCGGGCUACUUAGUUUCUUUUCUUCCCACGUCACCUUUGAACACAAAUUGUGUCACAGCCUUAAUAACAGUGUUUUGUUUUGCAGACGAACUAUUCUGAGUUUUCACGCAGACUCCAGGAUGAGUAAAAACAGCAAAGUUUUGAACCUGAAGGAUAAAAUCAGUGGUAAUGAAAUGGACCUGAGUCUGUGUAACCUCACUGAGGUGCCAGUCAGAGAGCUGGCUUUUUUCACUAAAGCAACAGUGUUGGACCUGUCUUGCAACAACAUUACCUCCCUCCCUCCCGAGUUCUGCAACCUGACCCACCUGGUGAAGGUGGAUCUGAGUAAAAACCAGCUGACCUGUUUGCCAGAUGACCUGGGGAACCUGACCAACCUUCAGCAUCUGGAUCUGUACAACAACAAGCUGACAGUCCUGCCUGUCAGCUUCUCUCAGCUCAGGAGUCUGAAGUGGUUGGAUCUGAAGGAUAACCCGCUGGAGCCCGACUUGGCCAAAGCAGCUGGAGACUGUCUGGAUGAGAAACAGUGCAAGCAGUGUUCCUCAAAGGUUCUGCAGCACAUGAGAGGUCUCCAGGAAGAGGUUGAUCGCGCACGAGAGAAACGCCUUUUAAGGGAAAAGGAGCUGGAGAGGAAGAAGGAGGUGAAGCAGAGGGAGCGAGAGGCCAGAGAGAAGGAGGCUCGUAAACGGGAGAAGGCGGAGGAGAAGGAGAAGAGGAGGAAAGAAUACAACGCUCAGAUGGCGGCCACGGCUGCGCGGGAACAACAGAAGAAGAAGAAUGAGGAGAAGAAGAAAAAGAACGGGCAGACAGCAGCGGAUAAAAAGGUUGUCGAAUCGGCGCCUAAACCUCGACGUUCUCUCAUUGGCCUGAUGUUCAAGCUCCUCCUCCUGCUGCUCCUGGGAUUGGCAGGGGUCGCUGCCGCAUGCCGACUGACCGACCUGCAGAAGGAAGCCGUGUGUGUACCUGUCAAUGCCGCCGUGGAUGACGGCCUGUCCUGGGCCAGAGAGCAGGAGGUUGUGGUCAGACAGCUGGUGUCAAAUCUGUCCUCUGCAGCAAAGGAGUUUCUUGAAUCCACGCAAGCGUCUAAGAAUUAAAGCUAUCGUCUGUCUCCAUCAGCUUCAGGAGCUGCAGGUUUCCUCUCUAACCUGUGAAUACUGGGAUUUCCUUUUAAUAUGCUGAAAUCAUGAAUCUCAUUGAGACGGGCAUUCCUGCAUCCCCUCGCCCUGUUUGUGGUGCUGGGAGGUGGAGUCUGUGCAGAGAAACAAAGGGGGGUGGACAGAAGUGUUAAAAUCAUAAAUUCCUAUGGAAUUGUUGUCGCUCUUGUACCCUCUUUGUACUACAGCCUGUUUUUUUUUUUUUUUUUAAACAUAAACUCGUCUUAAAUGCCUCCCUGUUUGACCAUGUGUUGCACUCGGAUCUCCACCCUGAGCUGGGGUGUGUUUCCGUGCAUCGCAUGGGAGCUCGGGGAAUAUUUAAGCGAUUUGAAGUGAAAUGUACGCUGGCCCUGUCUGUGCUGCUGCUCUGGAGUUUUGAAUCACCUGUUAACUGCCAGCGAGAGUCAUGCAUCAGCCUGUGACAGACGUGGCGGUCUGAGCACGUGCGGUGAAGGCUGCGUGAAUGUAGAGCUCACUCGUCUGUGAACUUCUCCUUUACACUCUUACAUCAGUCAUACCAGCUACAUCUCACAGCUAUUCAACACCGUCAACCAUCCACCGCACGCCAACUGGGACGUGAAAUAUCAAUAUCUUAUAUCACAAAUAAGACUGUAAUAUAGAACAUACAGAAACCUCUAAUCAGACAUGCAUCCAUACUCUUUAUUUUCUCCCUGUGAUAACGAGUCAUUCCUGGUUGUUUUCUCGAGAUCUCGACUUGUUGUUCUCGUUACCUCGCGAUAAGAAAGAUUGUUUUCCCGUUUACAUUAAUUCAUUUCAUAUCCAGGUCACACAGCUUGUUUUUCUGGUGACAAAAGGGAUCAUUUUCUGACCAUGUUAAAGAAUGAAACGAUAAACUGGUCAUUGUGAUAAUCCAGACCGCCAGGUUAAAUUAAGACCGUUUCUCUGUUCUGUCCUUUUUUGCGAUCCUGGGGACACGAGAGAAGUCGAGAUCUCGAGACAAAACAACUGGAAGUGACUCGUCAGAAAUCAAAUACAGGCAUGUCUGCUUAGGGCUUUUUUCAGACUUCAGGCUAACAACUAAGAAGAAGUUGCUGCACAGAUAUGCCAAAGAAAUUUAUUCAUCAUUUAAUUCCUGAUUAAUCGAUUCCCAUAUAUAGGUGCUAAUUACUCCUCUGCCCAUUGGCUAACCAUUAACCGACCUUCAGCUCCUGUUUAUGUUAACAAAAAAAAAAGGCAAAGAAAUGACAUUCGAUUUUAUUUAAAUUAAAGAAUUUAUGUAUUUAUUGUCCUUAAAAAAACAACUGGAAUCACUCGGGCUCUCUAGUACAUCAUUGCACACACUGUAACAAAGGACCAUACUGGUAAUCUGAUGUGUCCACUCCACUAUUCAUCCUGUCUACAUUCCAAGUUUACACCCAUUUCACAUCUCAUUCUGUUGGGCUUCAGACCGUCCGAUUUGAGGUGACUUUCCCUCCACUCAUUGCUUUCUAUUAUUUCUGCAACAUAACCAGAAUCCUCUCGACGCUGAAGAUGUAGAAACAGUCAAUGUGGUUUUUUUUAAUGAGAUGAUACAAUCGCAGAUCUCAGCUUAAAUGUUCACUUAAAUGCCAUUAAUGCAGAAAUGAUUCAACACAAGUAUAUCGUGGACUGUGAUGAAUGGAUGGAUUGUUUGGUCUGUCUGCAAGAUAAGAACAGUUUACAAACACAGCAGUUCACUUAACUAUCCUAUAAAUGCUUUUAUUUUAUGUUUUUUUUUCAGAUACUACAUAUAAAGACAGCGGUAUGGUCCUUCUGAGUGUAACAGUUGCAGCUGUAAAAUCCACUAUAGCUUUGAAUCCCUAAAUUAUCCCGUGUUGUCAAACUGGCCGCCCAGAGUCUACAAUACUUCAUGUGACUGAAGUCAUAGAAAGGCAGACGCUUUAUUUGAAGAUUCCUCCAGUUUAACGUGCUUUUUGAGAUGCAACCGUUUCUUCUUUUGUUCGGGGUUUCUGUGUACAAAAAGCUGCCUUUGCUGCUGUGGUUCUUGUACAGCUCUGUUCAUUCUCAAACACUGUCAGCGUCAAUAAACGGCUAUGCACUUCAA